UAUGCCAUACUUUGAUGUUCGUCUCAAGUUCCUCACAGUGUUGAUGCUGAUUGUCGUUGUUGUUACAAUAACAAUUACAUCCUUACGUUAUGGAUCUUCCGUUUUGGAAGAGAAUUUUGUGGCUGAGCUAUCAACACAUUACGAGAACAGUGCCGAAUUUUUAGCAUUUUACGGUCUUUUGAACUUUUAUCUAUAUACUAUGGCUUUUGUCUACUCCCCAGCAAAAAAUGCUGUCUUAGAAUCACAUUUUAAAGACGACCCAAGUUUAACUAUGUUAAAUGACUCAGAUGAAGAAGUAAUUUAUGGGGCUGAAUCUGAACAACAGGCUUUGACUAGAAAGCAAUUCUACGAUAGCGAAGAAGAAGCAUUUAAUAAUUGA